AUGUCAGCAGAUCACUCCAGAGAUCCUUGUCCUAUAGUUAUUUUGAACGAUUUUGGUGGUGCUUUUGCCAUGGGUGCCAUCGGUGGAUGCGUUUGGCAUGGUAUCAAGGGUUUCAGAAACUCCCCAUUGGGUGAAAGAAGACUAGGUGCAAUGAGUGCGAUCAAAGCGCGUGCUCCGGUUGUUGGUGGUAACUUUGGUGUUUGGGGUGGCCUAUUUUCAACGUUUGACUGUGCUGUCAAGGCAGUUAGGAAGAGGGAAGAUCCAUGGAAUGCUAUUAUUGGUGGAUUUUUCACUGGUGGUGCGUUGGCCAUUAGAGGUGGCUGGAGACACACUAGAAAUAGUGCAAUUACCUGUGCAUGUCUCCUAGGUGUUAUUGAAGGAGUGGGAUUAAUGUUCCAAAGAUAUAGUGCAUGGCAAGCAAAACCAAUGGCCCCACCUCUACCUGAAGCUUCAGCUUCACCUCAGCCUUUGCAAGCUUGA